AUGGUGUACAACACCGAAACUCUUCUCGCCAUGACCGAAUCCGAACUCGCCGACCUCUUCUCUAAAGCCGAAGUCGGACCUAUACCCAGCGGCGCGGCAGAAGGCACAGCAAUCAUUGCACCCGGCACCUCCUUCACGCGCGAAAUAGCCAAGCCCAUCAACCUUUUCACUUGGCAGGCUGUAUGCUCAUCGGUCGUACUUCCGGAAACCUCGAAACGUCUGAGCCCGCGUCAAGAUAGCGUGCAGAGAACGGCUGCAUGCGAACCAGGUCUCUCGACAUAA